UCGUCAGCGCCACCCGGCCGCGGCCCCGGCUCCCAUCCUGCCGCCGGGCACAGCUCGUCUGAAUUUGAGCCCUACAUGAGGCAAAUGGAACAAGCAGCACAAUUUGCCAGCAAUAUCCUGUGAUACUAACCGUGAAAGUCAUCAGAGAAGGAGAGAGCAAAUUCUGUUGAAAAGAGCUUCUGGCAUGAGAUGAGCUCCUAGGGUGUAUUUGUAAUUGAUGUAGUGGAGUGCUUAGACUUGUGGCAAUGCUACAUUGACACUUCACUGAGCAGAAUGAAACAAUUCUACUAAAUGGAUCAACUUUGUUUCUGCCUGUGCCUGACCUUUGAACGGGAGGGGAAAAGCCUGACAUUCCUGAAAAUGGCAACUGAGACAUCCGCAGAAGUUCCGAAAACUGCUAGGCAAUUCGUCCUUAAAGAAGAGGUAAUUGUAGAAAGAAAAUGGUUGAAGCUUGAGGAAACAACUUAUACUGAUCCCAAUGGUAAAACCAGAACUUGGGAAACCGUAAAGCGUGCUGGCAGGAAAAAGGGAGUUUCAGCCGAUGGUGUAGCAGUGAUAGCUGUACUACAGAGAACUCUCCACUACGACUGCGUUGUCCUAGUGAAACAGUUCAGGCCUCCAAUUAACGGCUACUGCUUAGAAUUUCCUGCAGGCCUCAUUGAGGAAAACGAGACUGCAGAAAGUGCUGCAUUGCGAGAGUUGGAGGAAGAAACGGGGUACAAGGGGGAAGUCGUUGAAUGUACUCCAGCUCUCUGCUUGGACCCAGGUUUGUCAAACAGCACAACGCACAUUGUGAGCGUCACCAUUAAUGGAGAUGAGGCUGAGAAUACAAGACCUAAGCAAAAACUUGAUGAUGGAGAAUAUGUGGAAGUUAUUUCACUUCCAAAGAUUGACUUACUGCAAAGAAUUGAUGAGCUAGUAGCAGAAGAGCAUAUUGCAGUGGAUGCCAGGGUUUAUACUUAUGCACUGGCCCUGAAGCGUGCAACAGAGAAACCGCUCCAAGUUCCUUUCAUGAAGUUCUAAAAUUUCACAAUGACAAAUGUAGUUGAAAAUUGUCCAGUCUAGAUGGCUUAGAAUGUAACUCUUCUUGUUAUAAAGGUCCUUUACUUUACAUGCAGAAUAAAAAAACACUUUGUUGGAAUAAUUCUGAUAUUUUUACCUGGAAUUAUGUAACUGACAAAAAGUAUUUCUCCUAACUGUUUAAUCUAUCAAGCCUUUAGAGAAUAAUCAUAAUAAAAAUACUGUUUAAUUUUCAAAA